AUGGUUCAAGCCUUCAAGGUACCUCUGGAUGUUGGGCGAAGCAAGCAGGCGGUGGGUGAACAGUAUCAGCGUGUUGUCCUAUAUGCAACUGGAAAAUGCAGCACGCGGUGCAUCGUACACUUGUGCUUGCUUCUCAUUGACAUGGUCGUCACUGCAUCUGCAUUCCUCAUGCCUGUCCGUUUCUGUUUACAAGGCCAUCUGCACACCCUGUUCUCUGCUUCAGCUGUAGUUCAGACUGGCCAUCUGCACACCUACAGGUUCUGCGACGUGUGGACAUUCAUCCUGACGGACGCGCAGUUCAAGAACGAGGAGACGACCGAGCAGGUCGGCAAGGUGAAGAUCGUGGCCUGCGACUCCAAACUACUCAGCCAAUAAGCAGCUCACAUGAGCUGGCUCCCGGAGGCGGGGCUCGUUCGAUCCCCGCCUCCGCUAGAGAAGAACUCCACCACCACCACCACCGCCACCACAUCCCCCUCUUCAUAAUCCAUGGGUACCUGUAGAAGAAGGAUCUCAUGCUCUGCGAUCCUAGAGCAGAGCAUCGCA